AAUCCAGACAAUAUUUUAUUUGGCUUCCUUUUUUGGAACAGAAAUUUAAAAUUAUAGGGAUAAGAAAUCAGUCAUUAAUGAGCAAUGAAUCUAUAUAGUCAAGGCACAAUGUAAUGUUGUCAUCCAAAGCUAUUAAUUUAUAAAAAGUUCACAUUUCCAACAAAAAAGUAGAAUAUAUAUCACCAAAACUGUAGAGACUAUAUUAUGCAACUUGGGGGUUUGUGUCUAAUACCCAGUUCCCAUAAAUUUUCAUAGACACUGAGCUGGCCAUUUUCAUUGUGAAUAGGGAUUAAGAAAGUAAAGUUUUUGCUGUUUGUGAGAAUUUCAUCUCAUUUAUGUGAUAUAAUGAACAGAUUAUCUUUGGCAGGAAAAAAAAAUGAUGAUAAAAUCCCCACAUGUUCAGCAAAGGUGCUGAGAAAAAGAAAAUCAUAGUAAUGUAAUGAACUUUUGAACGUAAGUUCAAUUUUUAAGUAUAUAGGGAAAUCUUAACCGUCAUAAAGGGUAAUUGAAACUCCUAAUUACGAUGGUUUGGAAUGAAAAAAAUAAACAUUGGCUAUUGCAUUGACUGAUGAUUUACAAUAAAAUUUGUAAAGUCAUGAAGUUUAAUGCUGUAUUAUAUUCAAACUAACCUUUUUUUCCCCUCCAUCAAGGGUGUUGAAAUAACCAGGAGUUCCAUUCUCCCCUUGAUGCAAAUGGUUAAUUUUUAAUAGCAUAAAUGUGAGCUACAGUAAGUAUGGAUCUUGGUGAAAAUUCCCCAUAUAUCAUUUGGGGAAAACAACUCUAAGGAAUGGGGAUCCUAAGAUUGAAUGCAAUGUGGAUUAACUGGCAUCUCAAUGAGAAUAUACAGCCUUCAAUGGUAAGAGAAACAUGCAAAGUAAUUGGUAAUUGGAGAUUUGUAUUUAAAUUCAAGAAUAGAAAUUAUUGGCUCAACAGAUUUAUAAUGGGAUAAUGGCACUUUUUGAAUGUAUACACUAACUCCAUAUGUUAUAUCUGGCAAUGAUUCUUGUUGCUUUUUAAAGAAUUAAAGCAAUUAAACAAUAAUUACUAACAUACACUGUGUCCCCAAAGCAACAGAAAAAUGUUGCCAAUGGUUAUUUGUCCUCAGAAUGUCAGUAGAUCAUUUCCCCUUUUCUAAUUGUGGAGACAAUUCCCUGUUAUGAGGAGAAUUUACCCAUUUCUAAUGACUGCAAAGGGCAAUGGCAAUAAUGUUCCUAGCGCUAUUAAAAUCAGUGGAGCUACACCAAUUUACGCCAGCUAAGCAUCUGGCCUAUGAAGAUGCAAAUUGGUCUUUACUCAGUUCAGCUGUUUUGUGUGGUUUUCCACAAUAGCUCAGUUAGUCCAUUGCUUUCCAGUAACAAGGUUGUGGCUUUUUUCUGGCUCAUGUUUAGGCUAAG